AUGGCGCCGCUGCGGACCGUCGGAUCGUCGUCCACGAGCAUUCUCCCGCUAAUCAACGCCAGCCACGUGUCCUCCAUCUGGCACGACAUCCUCCUCAUUCCCCCCCCGCCUCCCGCCAACGACUUCUCCUCCCCCUCCCCGCGCCACCCGGGUCCCCCCUUCCCCGCCUGCACCUUCUCCUUCGUCUGUCGCUCCGCCAAGUCUUCGUCCGCCGAUUGCGGGCCCGGGAGCCGAAAGCUUCGUCGCCGCGACGACCCCCUUUUCCUGCGGGAGAAGCGGAAGGUCGUGUUGGGCCUAGACGGCAGUCCGCUCGAGAUUGGGUCGCAAGCGCGCGAACCUGGCGACGUGUACGACGUUUUUCCUCUUCUGGCGAUGCCCCUGCGACUGCUGGGGGCGGAGCGUAACAGCAUGCCGAUUUCGUGGAGGAUUGUCACCAUCGCAGCGGACGACGAGCUGGUGACUAGUGGGCAGCUGAAACAUUCCCUCAGCGAUUUACUGGAUCGUGUUCGCGAGUGUGCGAACAAAACGGAAUUCUUUUGCGAAAUCGUUGCACCAGGUAAUGCGCCAAUCUGGUUUAUUCGACCAUCUUGUCUCCUUGCUCUCCUUCCUAUUCCCCUGAGACUACCCUCCCUCUCUCUCACUCACCUCCCUCUCUCUCACCUCCCUCUCUCUCACCUCCCUCUCUCUCACCUCCCUCUCUCUCACCUCCCUCUCUCUCACCUCCCUCUCUCUCACCUCCCUCUCUCUCACCUCCCUCUCUCACCUCCCUCUCUCUCACCUCCCUCUCUCUCACCUCCCUCUCUCUCACCUCCCUCUCUCUCACCUCCCCCUCUCUCACCUCCCUCUCUCUCACCUCCCUCUCUCUCAUCUCCCUCUCUCUCACCUCCCCCUCUCUCACCUCCCCAGCCCUUUAAAUAUUUCUUCGCUCCUUCAUUCCGUCCGUUGCUUCGUUGUCUCGCUCCAAAGUCGCUCCCAGCUCCUCCCAGCCAAUCUCCCGCUCCUCUCUCCCCCCUCUCCUCGCCCUUCCCCCUUCCACUCCCCUCCCCGCAAUCCCCCUCCCCCCAGGUCGCUCCCCCAAUCCCUGCUUCGGCGCCUCCCCCUCUCUUUCUCUUCCACAAGCAGCAGAAGAAGAGGCGCGGGAAAGACCCGCCCGACUCCAAGGCUUGCGAACGAAGAGCCUGGAGAGGGGAGCGUGGGGCGGAGGAAGCGGAGGAAGCGGAGGAAGCGGAGGAAGCGGAGGAAGCGGAGGAAGCGGAGGAGGAAGAGCCCUGA